UGUUAUUUAUUACUGAUGUAGAAUGAUAAAAUAGGUUCAAGAUUUUAAUUUACCAUUUUCAAGAUGGAAGUUAAACAGUUUUAUAAUAAAACAAUAAGUCCACUGGUUAUCAAUACGUUUUCCUGCAAAUGGUCGCAGGAUAAUAGACUCUCUAUUGUCACAGAGAAAGUAGUUCAUGUUUUUGAAAUAAAACCAGCUCCACAUCAAGCUACUCCUAUUUUAAAUCUAUCUCGUUCAUUUAUCAAUUCACCAAAAGCAAUGCCAAGUAAAUCUUACGAGGAUGAAAUUGUAUCAAAGAUUUUCGAUUGGAAAAAAGAAAAUGUUUACUCUUUUUUAAAGAAUGAUACAUAUACUCCUGAAUUUCCUAAAACAAAAGUAUUAAAGCCAGAAAUAAUCAAUGUAUUUUGGUCACCAAAAGGACUUUUACAUCCUCAAAAAUGUUUACUGGCUGUAUUAACAUCUGCAGGAUCUUUAGAAAUUACAGUACAAAUUGAAAAGAAUUGGUUUUUAAUACAUGAAUUGAGCAAAGAUUGGUUCAAAAUUAUAGAUGAGGAUUUUAAAAGCUUAAGGGAAACAGUAAUAAUAGAUGCUGCGUGUUUGAAGGAACAACUAAAUAGAUUAUUAGUGACUAAUGCAGCAUGGAGUAGCUUGCAUCAUCGGGGUGGCAGUGCAAGCUUUGCAUAUCUUGUGACUGCUCAUAGAAAUGCAGAGAUUGUUAUAUGGAAAGUUCAUAGAGUGUUAGCUGAUACUGUAUACAUAGAUACUAGGAUAAAUGUUGAGUUUAAAUUUAGAAAGAAACUAACUGAGGACAGUAGUAAAAUUAAUACAAUGUUGUGGGUAGACUUGGGAGAUAACAAAUAUCUGCUGUUUGUUGGAUUUUAUAAUGGACAAAUUGGUGUUUUAAAACUGCAGGAGUUUGAAGGUGGCUUGACUUGUAGCUUAUAUUCUGUUUGUUUUAAUGAGGAUAGAAUUAUUGUGAAUUCCAUGGAAAUUUUACAACAAACCAGUAAGCAGCUGGAGCUUUUGGCUGUGAAGGACAGGUAUUUACUUAUUCUUACUGUAGAUAUUUUUGGUAAGAUGAUCAGUAUGAAAUUCAUUAUGAGUCCAGGUUUUUCAAUAACAGGCGUUUCUAUUAUCAACUCAAAUAACAUCUUAAUGGUCACACAAGAUGGUAAAAUUUGCAUGGUUCAAAAGUCUCAUGGUAAAGAGUUGACCUAUAAGCCAUUAAAAUCAGACAUUGCUAAGGACGCUUUGCAGUAUCUGGGAUUGAUCAGUUCGCGUAAUAAACUUCUACAUAUUUUAGUAAGCAGCCCAGCCGUGAUGUAUGAUCAUCUACGAAAUCGUGAGCCAACAAACCUUUGUUUUUUCACUUUACAUGAUUUACAAUCACAAAAUGUGAUCAAUGAUUUGUAUAACAACGAAGAGCAAUCUUUAAUUGAUUACUGGGACUACUUGGAAUUAAUAAAAGUAUCUGCUGUGAAACGCGGUAUGCUGCCUGCAAUAAAUUAUAAAAUAGAAAAUUUAGAUUUUAUGUCUCUGUAUGAAUUGAAAGUCACCUACUGGAAUAUUAACAUCAUGGAAACAGUAAGGAAGAAAAAUUCUCCAGAUGAAGAUUACAGACAACCAAAAGAGAUUGAACAAGUCAAAACCUACAUAUUCUUCUAUAGUGCUUCGAUGUAUCUCCAGCAUCUCACUCGACUACCAACUCUAACCGACAACCAGAAACUCUCUAUGAGUCUUGUAAGAAAUCAUUUAGACAUCUGGUACGCUGGAGAAGAAGAAGAGACCGAAACGCCAUUGUCCCUUACUGUCAAAGAGAUUCUCGAAGCUACUGGGGCUUUCGACUUAAUUCAACAAGAAAAAUGUAAUUUUUGCGAGGAAUUAAUCACGGAACCGUGGGCUCUUUCUUGUCUGCAAGGACACAAGCUUCCAAGAUGUGCUUUAACGAGAUUACAAGUGACUUGUACGAAGUAUAGAACAUGCCCGAUUUGUCAAGAAGUUUAUCAUCCUUGUCUUGAUGACGAAAUGAGCGAAGUUAAGUGUAUUUACUGUGAUAUUCCAGUUGUCUACAUGUAUUUAAAAAUUGAUCCUCAAUUACUUACUUCUACGAGGAAUUUGUCGAAAGUCAAACUUAUUUUCAUUGGUAGUAACAAAGAAAAGGAUAAGGAGAAAGACGAAGAGGAUGAUGCAUAAUAUUAUUCGAAGAU